UCUGUUUAUGUUCCGGUGUAUCUGUUUCUACCGAUUGUAUCUCUAUUUGUUCUUCGGGAGAUCGGUUAAGAGGGAAACGAAUCGGUUUAAACCCACAUCAAUGUCCAUGUAAAGAGUUGACCCGUGGAAAUCACAGGACGAUUGCUGAGCCUUUUUAGGAGCCCUGGGUGUAUUAUUUCGGUUGAAGGAACGUUAAUCGGGAAGAUAAUGUGUAAGACUUUUUGACAUUAUCUCACAUUCAAGGGUCAUUUUCUUGAACCCAGGAAACCAUCUACAAGCGUCUCCACAACUUCUAUCAGUGACUGUUUCAGGCUGUCCUGGUUAGUUUCAUGGCUACGACUACAUCGCCAUUUACAUCUACGAAAGAGACGACCAACUAUGCAAGGCUGUGUCGCCUCCUGGUGGAUGUUGGAUCCCAGGCGCUGCGGUCCACUUUUGACAAAGUACAUCCACCACUGACUCUACCCACAGUUUUGGGAAAAACCUCUGUGCACUACCCCACGUUGCAAUCGCUGUACAAAGGGAAGAAGAGAGUGCUGAAUCCCACGCAAUGGGGGGCACUGUAUCCUGCUCAUUUACCUGUGUCGUCGGCAAGCUUUGAUAUCACACUUCUGACGGUGCUUCUAAGAAAUAUCUGUGGUUUGAGCCCUCCUGCCACUGGAUGGGAUCAUCUCCCCCCAGCUACAAACAUUAGCACCGCAGAUGACAUCGCCAGAAUAAAGUAUUAUAGGAACAUUGUAUAUGGCCAUGCCUCUCAAGCCUCUGUGGAUGACACUAAUUUUAGUACCUAUUGGAGGGAGAUACGAGAAGCCUUGGUGAGACUGGGAGGAGCUCAUUUUCGAGCUGACAUCGACAAACUUGAACACGACGCUAUGGAUCCAAAAAUCAAUGAGCAGUAUCGUGAACUGAUGGAAGAAUGGAAGAAAAAUGAUGACAACAUCAAGGACAAACUUGAAGAGAUGGAAGAGUCACUGGAAAAUAUGAGAACAAUUAUGGAGAGAAACUUCAGAGACACAACUGAGAAGAUAGAGAGUGAAAUGAAAGACGUAAAGGAAAAGCUUGGUACUUUGACGGCCUCAGUGAAGAAAAACACAGAUCAAGAUACCAUGGGAGGAUCUCUCGAGAAAAUGACAGGCGAAACAACAAAGAUGGACAUGGAACUGAAAGAAGAGGGAGGAAAGCUGUUUACUCUGACAACCCCGGUGCGAGAAAGCAGGGGUGGAGGAAGAAUCCAAGAUUCAAUGAAAGAAACAACUAUGAGAAUGGAGAACGAAAUGAAAGAGAUGAAGAAAAAGCUGGGUUCCCUGAUAGCUUCACCAGAAAAGAGCAGGGAUCGAGGUAUUUUCGAUCCAACUGAACUUAUCGACGGGAUUCGCCAGCUUUACAAGACUCGCGAGGGAAGGCUUUCACCAUUUCCUUGGUGUGAAGAGUUUCAAUUCUUUCUUGGCAAUAUUUUUACCAGACUCAAAGUAGUUAGAAGGAAGAAAACGAGAGGAGAAGUAACUGACGUAUUUGUUGACAUGACGUCCAUACUGAACCCGAAUGAAGAGUGUUCAGCGCCGAGAACAGUGUUGAUUGAAGGAGAACCUGGUAUGGGAAAAACCACGUACUGCAAAAAGUACGUCUACGACUGGGCCACAAGAAAGCCGGAAACUCAGGGCUGCGGCUUAACAGCAUUCAAAGCAGUAUUGUUGCUUAAAUGUCGAGACAUCUAUUCCGGUGUUUGGGAAGCCAUUGACGAUCAGCUUCUGCCCCGAGACAUCGAUGAAAAAGUUAAAAAACAAUUCUUUCAGUUCAUUCGUGAAAAUCAAUCCAGCAUUUUAUUGAUACUGGAUGGAUUGGAUGAGUUGCAUUCCAGCAAAUUGCUAAUGUUUUCGGAAUUGAUUGAAGGAAGGGUACUCCCUAGAUGCCACAUAAUUAUAACAGCAAGACACGAAGCUGGAAAAGAGGCGAGAAGAUUAUGUGACACGCUGCUUGAGAUUGAAGGAUUCACCAAAGAACAUGUUAACGAAUUUGUAAUCAAAUACUUUAAAGAAAGGCCAGAUUUAGCCACUAAGCUCUCGGAACGGAUGUGGCGCGAUAAACACCUGAGGGAGAUGGCAGCCAAUCCUUUAAACACAGCACUUCUUUGCCUUUUGUGCGAAGAGUUUCAUGGCACACUUCCCGAAAACAGAGCUCAACUUUACUUGGAUAUGGUUGAAUUUGUCUUGAGAAGAUAUAGAAAAAAGGAAGGACAAUCAAAAGCGAAUGUAAACCUGACAAACCUUUACAAACCGCAAUUGAAUCGCCUUGGGUUGGUAGCGUUGAAUGGCCUACUUAACGACAAAUUGGAUUUUGAUGAAAGUGAAUUGGGAGACCAUGCGAAAGAGUUGACUGCGUUUGGAUUUCUAUCGGUGCAGCCUGGUGGAAGCAAAUUUAGAGAAAAUGUGCAUUAUGCUUUCCUACAUAAAAGUUUUCAAGAAUGCUUUGCAGCAUUCUUCAUUUGUUCUCAGAUUCAAAGGAAGGAAAUCACACCUAAAAAACUAGUUUUCGAUGAUAGGUAUUUCGGUAAACUGAAACAAGUACUUUUGUUUUCAUGCGGAAUUUUAGCCAUGCGAUGCGAUGAACGCGUUGUGGCUCUUGUGAACAGUUUAACAAACCAAGUCAACAAACAUGAAGGCAAUGGUGCAAACGUUGUAUUAGAGGCCAUUAGCGAAUGUAAAAGAGGAAAAGAUUUUCCUUUACAUUUAGCAAAAUGUUUUGGAUCUAGUUUGAAUCUUACCAAUUUGGAUUUGUCUGGGAAUUCUAUUGGCGAUACCGGUGCUACAUCUAUUGCUGAGGCAAUCAAAGUCAACAAGACUCUGACCAAUUUAAAUUUGCCUGGGAAUAAUAUUAGUGAUGCCGGUGCUACAUUUAUUGCUGAGGCAAUCAAAGUCAACAAAACUCUGACCAAUUUAAAUUUGUCUCUCAAUCGCAUUAGUAAUACCAGUGCUACAUCUAUUGCAGAGGCAAUCAAAAUCAACAAAACUCUGACCCAUUUGAAUUUGUCUGGAAAUUAUAUUAGUGAUGAUGGUGCUAGAUCUAUUGUCAAGGCAAUCAAAGUUAACAAGGCUUUGACCAAUUUGAGUUUGUGUCACAAUGAUUUUAGUGAUGCCAGUGCUGCAUCUAUUGCUGAGGUAAUCAAAGUCAACAAGACUCUGACCAAUUUAGAUUUGUCUUUCAAUCGCAUUUCUGAUACCAGUGCUUCAUCUAUUGCUGAGGCAAUCAAAGUCAACACGACUCUUACCAAUUUAGAUUUUUUUUGCGAUGCCAUUAGUGAUGCUGGUGCUUCAUCAAUUGCUGAGGCAAUUAGAGUCAAUAAGACUCUGACCACUUCAAAUUUGUCAAUGAAUUAGAUUAGUGAUGCCGGUGCUACUUCUAUUGCUAAGGCAAUCAAAGUCGACAACACUCUGACUCUAUUGAAUUUGUCUGAGAAUUAGAUUAGUGAUGCCGUUGUUACAUCUAUUGCUGAGAUGAUCAAAGUCAACAAGACUGCGUCCAAUUUGAAUUUGCUUCACAAUGAUUUAAGUUAAAGCAGAUAAUUCGGAUUUGCGUAACAUUGGUAUUUAGUGAUACUGGUGCUACAUCUAUUGCUAAUGCAAUCAAAGUCAGCAAGACUCAAACGAAUUUGCAUUUGUCUGAAAAUUAUAUUUACGAUGCCAGUGCCACAUGUGUUGUUGAGGCUCUUAAAGUCAACAUGACUCUGUCCAAUUUGGCCGAUUUUUCUGGGAAUUACAGCAGUGAUGCUGGUUUUAGAUCUAUUGCUAAAGCAAAGUCGACAAGACUCUCACCAAUUUGGAUUUGCCUAGAAAUUCAAUUAGUUAUGGAGGUAUUGGAUAUAUUGCUGUCGCGGCAAUCAAAGGUAACAAGACUGACUAUUUGAAUCGGUCUGAAAAUUAUUUUAGUCACACCGAAGCUGCAUCUAUUGCUGAGGCAAUCAAAGUCGACAAGACUCUGACCAAUUUGGAUUUUUCUUGGAAUUGUAUCAGUAAUGCUACGGCUACAUUUAUUUCUGAGACACUUCAAGUAAAAACAAGAAAACGUUGAAACUUUUUGCCGUGAAUUCAUCGCUGCAUCAUAAUUUUGCUGAAGUGAUAUGUGUGACCAAAACUCUAAGUGAGUUUAACGUACUUGAGGAGAAGUUAUUCAAGUGAUUGUACUUUUCUUUUACAGGUAAUUAAUUGAACUAUAAAGCUUUUCUUUGAAAAAAUGUGAGCAGUUACUAUAUAUAUUGCUAAACUAAUGGACAAACUCUGCGUAGUGUGUUUUCUUUAAACUGCUCUAAGUAGCACCUUGAUUAGAUUACAUGCAAGCUAUAACAGCUAACUUUGUGAUAUUUUCUACAAUUAAAAUGAUGCUCAUGCUCAAUCAAAA